UUUGCGCAGAUCACGACUCGAUUUCGGUCGGUUUCUCCGUCAACUCGAUCCGUGCAGUGUGCGGCCAGAAGACGAUGGAAGCUGUAGCCGAUUAUGAUUUUGACGGCAACCAGGCCGACGAAUUGCCGUUCAAGAAACACACCAUUGUCAAGAUCCUCAACAUGGACGAAGACAAGAACUGGUUUAAGGCCGAGAAGGAUGGGAGAGAAGGUUUUGUUCCUGCUCUGUAUUUGAAGCUCAAACCGCAUUUAUGGUUUAAGGGCAAGGUCCCUCGAGUGAAGGCGGAAGAGAUUCUAAAAAAGCAGCAUGUGGAUGGAUCAUUUCUUGUGCGAGAAAGUGAAAGCUCUCCGGGAGAAUUCUCAUUGUCUGUUUUGUUUGCUGGUCAAGUGCAGCAUUUCAAGGUGUUGAGAGAUGGUGCCGGGAAGUACUUCUUGUGGGUGCAGAAAUUUGUGUCGCUCAAUGAGCUCAUUGCCUACCACAGGACUACGUCUGUGAGUCGAACACAGAACAUCUAUCUUCGAGAUAUUCCGGAACCAAAAAAGGAGCACCAGGCUCGUGCCAUGUACGACUUUGCUCCUCAAGAGGACGGAGAACUACGACUACGACGAGGCGACAUCAUCACAGUGACUGACUCAAGCGACAACAACUGGUGGAGAGGAACCUGUAGUGGUGCCCACGGCAUGUUUCCCAAGGCAUAUGUGGAAGAUUGUUGACUGUGAUGUUUAUAUUUCAAGAACUAGCAGCGUGGAGGAGACUAGAUGGACAAACAGUCGAUUGUACAGACACAUUAAGUGUAGCUGUUGGUCAGCGUAGUUUCUUUUGCAUGUGACGUCUUCAUGUUUCAAAAAUAAUCUCUUAUCAAAGAAAUGCUUAUAACUUA